AUGUAAAUAGUCUUAGAAUCAAUGAUAAGAAAAGAGUACCAAAGAAAAAUAAAUGAAUGCAUAUAAAUUGUGUAAUAAGCAGUAGAGGUAAUGUAUUAUAUUAUAAAUGUAAAUAGAACUCAAUUAUGAAGAUUGAUGCCAAACUUGAUGAACUUCUUAGUAAUGAGUUUAAUUCGAUUAGUACUUAAAUUUCAAGAUGA